GAACCAAAAGGUUCCGUUCUUGCUGGUCUGAGUGGAGGACAUCCUAUCCCAGGCCUACAACUCACUAAACGUGUGGAAGCAAGUUACGGCUCAUCAUGGAAGUCAGACCUAUUGGGUGGAUCUGUGGACAGGUGGUGAAGAACUUCUCUGGAAGACUUGAGGGGCUCCAGAAGGCAAUCAUGGACAUUAUUGAUGAGUUUAAAGAUGAUCUCCCUGCCAUCUUAAGAUUAUCACAGUCCAACCAGAAAAAAGAUCCAGUGCAGAAAACAUCCAAGGUCAGAAUGGCCCUUGCAUUAGCCAAGAUCAACCGUGGAACGCUAAUUCAAGGAUUAAACAGCAUAUCCAGCUCCUCCAAAUCAGUGGCCAAGCUUCUGCAGCCACAGCUGGCAUGCAGACUCUUAGAACUGAGGAACAUAUCUCACCGGCUGCUGCGAGAAGUGAAUGUGGCAAGUCAACCCCUGAACAGCAUACAGGUCAAAAAGGGUUCUUUGUUUGAAAUCAUUUCUUUUCCAGCAAAAACUGCUUUAACUAGCAUAAUGUAUGCUUCUUAUGCAACACUAAUUUAUUUGGCAGUCUGUGUUAAUGCUGUGCUGGCAAAGAUAAAGAAGAUUUUCCAAGAAGAAGAAUCCAUAAGGCAAAAUAGAGAGAGCCAGAAUUUUAGGAAAGCCUUCUCUGAGCCCGCGCUCCCGGAGCCCAUUUUUUCUGAAAGUGAAAUCAAAGCAAAACCUUACAGGUCGUUGCCAGAGAAGCCAGACAACCUUUCAGAUCAGGCCAAGCCUCCUGCCAACAAGCAGAGUAACAAGAUCCAGGUUUUACACUCCGUGUUUGACCAAUUGGCUGAAUCGAAUGAGUAAGAAAUACAAACAUAAAUACCACUUUAGAGUGCUCAAUAGUUAUCUAUCCACAGGUAAAUUUCAUCAGACAUACCAGAGGACCAAUUUAUAUAAACUGAAUGUUCUUUUAAGAAGGGACAGGGUAGGGAAAACUAUGACAUCAUCCUCUUGUAUCAUUGUAUUUUCUAUAUGGCAUAGAAAAUAAAAUGAAUCUUGAUGU